AUGUUGGGUAUUGGUACAACUCGAACAAAUCGACUGUCAGGUUGCACAUUUAAAAAUGAGAAAGACAUGAAAAAAUCAGGUCGUGGAACAUAUGACACCAAAGUUGACACUACUAAUAAAAUUGUUGCUACAAAAUGGUAUGAUAAUAAAUUUGUUCAUGUUGUUUCCAAUUAUAAAGGCAUUCAUCCAUUAGAUGAAGUGGAAAGAUGGUCUACAGCAAAAAAAGAAAGAGUUGUUGUACCUAGACCAGCAUCAAUUAAAGAGUACAACAGGUUUAUGGGUGGUGUUGACUUGCAUGACAUGCUCGUUGAGUUGUAUAGAACAGAUAUUCGCGUUUGA